AUGAGCAAAGAUAAAGAAAGGCUACAUUCAUUCUUAUUCCGUCAUGUUCCAUCUCAAGUCAGCAAUAAGCAAAAGUUAUGCUAUAGACAUAGGCCCGACUUAGUAAAGAAUAGAGGACCAGAUGAAUUUAGCGCUCAACAAGUGCAAGAGGAAAUUGAACGACUACCAACAGCGGAUAAGGAAGCUAUUUCACAUAUCUGGUCAUUAUUUGCAGCAGCACCUUCAGAUCAGCGUAUACUGAUACUUAAAGGUCUAAUAUCCACUUGCUGUAUGCCACAAUUAUCAUUUCUAUUUAAUGCAACACAACCCUUACUCCGCAUUGAUUUUGUAUCAGUCUUUCCAAAAGAGAUAACGUUGGCGAUAUUCUCACACUUGGAUGCGAAAUCGCUAUGUCACGCAGCACAAGUAUCAACCAAAUGGAAAGAAAUUGCAGAUGACGAUCAACUGUGGCAUCGUAUGUGUGAACAACAUAUUGAUAAAAAGUGUGAGAAAUGUGGAUGGGGAUUACCUUUAUUAGAUAAAAAGACAAGAUCUGCUUAUAAACGGAAAAGAAUGAUGAAUGACACUAGCACGACAUCACCUAUUCAGAUUGCAUGUGGUCCUGCACUUACGAUUGGCUCACCUCAGGAUAGCUGUAAUAUCAAAAGGCAGCGAAUUGAAACAGUAAAAACAUCACCUUUCAUUUCAUCACCACCACGUAGAAGACCUUGGAAAGAUGUCUAUAGUGAGCGCUUAAUAGUUGAAAGAAAUUGGCGGAAUAAUAACCAUAGCCUUCUCACUCUCAAUGGACACACAGAUGGCGUAAUGUGUGUUCAAUUUUGUGAAAUUGCAAAAUUAGUCAUUACUGGCUCACUCGAUAAAACCGUACGAGUAUGGCAUCUAGAGACAGGCGAGCUUAUUAAGACACUUACAGGCCAUUCACGUGGAGUGAGAGCCCUUCAAUUUGAUGAUGCCAAGCUUGUGACGGGUGCGAUGGACAAUACACUCAAGAUUUGGAAUUAUCAUACCGGUCAGUGUAUCCGAACCCUCGAGGGCCACACAGGCGGCGUCCUCAGCCUGCACUUUGACUCUCGUAUUUUGGCGAGCGGAUCUACAGAUCACACUAUCCGCGUUUGGAACUUUGAUAUUGGAGAAUGCUGUACGCUCGUCGGCCAUUCUGAGUGGGUCAACUCCGUUCGAAUAUGCCAACAGGGUCAAAUGCUUAUUUCAAGUAGCGACGAUGCUACCAUUCGCCUAUGGGAUCUACACUCUCGUUCAUGUAUACAAGUCUAUCGAGGACACGUCGGACAGGUACAGGUUGCCUUGCCUAGUCCACAUGGAUUUAGACAUCGAUUAAAGAGUAACACAUCAUUGCCUGAGCGCAGUACAGAACAACAACAGCAACAACAAGUAUCUGUUCAAAGAACGAGUUGUUCGAAUACAGAAUCAACUGCGUCUGACGUACCCAUCAUCAUAUCCAGCUCACUUGACAAUACCAUCAAGAUUUGGGAUCUACAUAGUGGUCAAUGCCUCCGUACGUUGUUUGGUCAUAUCCAAGGUAUUUGGGGGCUUGACUUUGAUAAGCUUCACAUCGUCUCUGGUUCCCAUGACAAAACAUUACGUAUCUGGGAUACAGAAACGGGUCGUUGUCUUUAUGCACUCGAAGGACAUAGUUCCCCAGUGACGGCUGUUGCGUUGAGUGAUACAAAAAUUAUCUCUGCCGCUGAUAAUGGAGAAAUAAAAAUCUGGGACUUUGGUAGAAUACAAAAAUGA